CUCACAGGGAGCCAGGCUGUAGCUUACACCUCCCAGCCUUGUGCAGAGUUGGCCUUUGAUUGUCCACUGUCCCUGCAGACACCAUGAGUUUCUCCAAGUCCACCUCUUACUCCUUCAGGACCGCGGCGGCCCCCAGCCUGAAGUUUGCCCCUCUUGCCACUGCUGCCAGCGUCUACGGCGGUGCAGGAGGUUCUGGCUCUAGAAUCUCCAUCUCCAGGUCUUCCUCCCUGGGCUCAAGCUAUCUUGGUGGAGCUGGCGGUGGCUAUGGAGGGGGCGGCAGCAGCUUCUCCUUCUCCGGCUCCGGAGUGGUCCAAAACGAGAAAGAGACCAUGCAGGACCUCAACGACCGCCUGGCCAGCUACCUGGACAAGGUGCGCCGGCUGGAGUCCGACAAUCGGAAACUGGAGAUCCAGAUCAGAGAGUACAUGGAGAAGAAAGGGCCCAGCACCCGGGACUGGAGCCACUACUUUGACCUCAUCGAAGACCUGAAGAAUCAGAUCUUUGACCAGACGGUGGACAAUGCUCGUGUUGUCCUGCAGAUUGAUAACGCCCGACUGGCCGCUGAUGACUUCCGUGUCAAAUUCGAGGCUGAACUGGCAAUCCGUCAGUCAGUGGAGAAUGACAUCAAUGGUCUCCGCAAAGUCAUUGAUGACACCAACAUGUGCCGUCUGCAACUGGAGAGUGAGAUCGAGUCCCUGAAGGAAGAGCUGAUCUUUAUGAAGAAGAAUCACCAAGAUGAAGUCAACAGUUUGCAGGCCCAGAUUGCCAACUCUGGGCUGACUGUGGAAGUAGAUGCGCCCAAGUCACAGGAUCUGUCCAAGAUCAUGACUGAGAUUCGGGCACAGUAUGACCAACUGGCUCAGAAGAAUCUCGAGGAUUUGGACAAGUACUGGGGCCAACAGAUCUCUGAAAGCACCGUCAUCAUCACCCAGAAUUCCAAGGAGAUCGAGACAGCCCGUGGCACCGUCACUGAGUUGCGCCGCAGGCUCCAAACGCUGGAAAUUGACCUGGAGUCUCAACGCAACCUGAAAGCCAGUCUGCAAGGCAACCUGCACGAAGUGGAGAGCCGCUACGCCAUGCAGAUGGAGCAACUCAAUGGCAUAUUGUUGCGGACUGAGGCUGAACUGGCGCAGGUGCGGAACGAUGUCCAGCGCCAGGCGGAGGAGUACCAGGCUCUGCUGAACAUCAAAGACAAGCUGGAGGCGGAGAUUAGUACCUACAGACAGCUGCUGGAGGGUGGAGAGGAGUUCAGCCUGAAAGAUGCCUUGUUGGAAAGCACCAUGCAGACUACCCAGAAGAUCCACACCACCAAGAUCAUAGAUGGCAAAGUGGUGUCGGAGUCCAGCGAGAGCCGAGUGACCAAACGCUGAGCCCGACCUGCACAGCAGGAAACACCUCUCAGCACCGCCUAGAUGACACACCAUUUCUUCCAGAGCUGGAGGAGGCUGGAGAGGGACCGGGGUGGGUCAUAACACAAUUCAAUAAAACAGUGUCACUUAAA